GCCAAAGAUGUUGGCUUGGUCAUGUGAUCAGCUGUGUCCAAUCACAGCUCAUCGCAUAGGACAUGUACACUGGUCAUCAGGGCACUGAUGAUCAGUCAGUGCCACCUGUCAGUGUUCAUCAAUGCCAGCUGUCAGUGCCCAUCAGUGCCACAUCAAUGCCACAUAUCAGUGCCUACCAGUGCACAUCAAUGCCACAUAUCAGUGCCCAUCUGAGCUGCUUUUCAGUGCCACCUAUCAAUUCUUGUCAGUGCCGCCUGUCAGUGCCCAUCAGUGCUGCCUAACAGUGCC